AUGGUCAAUGCUAUUCCAUACUAUCAACUCGAUAAAAGAGCUACUACGUUUGGUCCAUGUCCUGAAGGAUCUCUGCCUAUACUUACUGUAACGCUUCAACCUGAUCCUCCCGUUCCUGGACAAAAUUGUACUGUUACUGCUACCGGAACCAUAGAUAGUGGUAUUAACCCAGGUGCUACAUUGGUUGCCGUAGCUUUAGAUGGUGCUCACAAUGUAAUUAGCUCGCUAGCUUCUGUCGAUAUUUGUUCUUCUGGAGUCACGUGUCCAACUACAUCUCUCAGCGUAACAACAACGUUUCCAGUAGAUGCUAGUUUACCUGCAACAUACUCUAUUUCGAUUGUAGUUAUAGACGAAAAUAAAGCUUUUGUGGGUUGUUCUUAUGGUGCUAUUACCGGUUAA